AAAAUCGUGCGGCAGGCUCAAACGAGGAGGAAAACUAUCAAAAAAAGACAACAACCGACGGUUUCACAGCAAAAGCCGACGGAAUCAAAAUGGCUGACGAUGAGGAAGAAAUUAUUCAAAAAGUCGAAGUGAAGCCGGAUGAAUUCAAUGGAUUAAUUGGAUCAAUUGCUGGUAACCUGAUUAGAGAUAAGGUCGGUGGCGCCGGUGGUGAUAUCCUUGGAGGCCUUGCCAGUAACUUCUUCGGAGGUGGAGGCGGCGGAGGAGGCGGCGGCGGAGGCGGAGGUUUCGGUGGUGGAAAUGGAGGAUUCGGUGGAGGUAUUUUUAUUUUCAAAAUUGUCAGACAAAAAUUCCCUAAAAAUUCAAGUUCCUUUUUUUGUGUUAGAAAACAUUUAGAUUCACUCAAAACAUCACCGUGUGGCUUAGAUCAGUGAAUUUUUUCUCACACCUUAUAUGUUGUCCAUGUUAUCGUAAUCCCAUUUGCUGCUACAGUAAUCCAUAGGUUCGAACUACGAUCAAGGCGGGAAUGGGAACAGCGGAGAUCAACAAAAAAGGAAACGAGACAUGGCGAAAGACUUGAUUGGAGGAAUAUUCGAUAAUGUGGUGAAUAGGAAAGGAAAGAAGGAGCAGGAUAACUAUGGCGGAGGUGGUAACUACGGCGGUGGUGGUGGAAAUCAAGGAGGCGGCGGAGGCGGUGGCUUUAACUUCAAUGAUAUCGGUGGACUCAUCAACAGUAUGGGAGGUGGUGGUGGUGGUGGCCAGAGACAAGGCGGUGGUGGAGGAGGCUUCGGAGAUAUCCUCGGAGGAAUCGGAUCUCUCAUUGGCGGAGGAGGCGGUGGCCAGUACAAUGGUGGAGGUGGAAAUGUGAACCCGAAUAAUCUCAACGGUGGAAUGGUGAAUGUUAUCGGAAAUCUCAUUGGAGAAGCUGCUCACAGAUUCCUCGGCGUUGAUCCGGGUACAGGCAGAAUCAUUGGAGCUGUCGCUGGAAAUGUGAUUAUGGGACUUGGUGGAAAAGAUAAUUCUCUUGGAAAUAUCGGAAAAGUUAUUCUGGACAAUAUUAUUUCUGGAAAGUUCCGUAGGGAUGUUGAUCCAUUCGUUCGUCCAGGACCAGAUCCAGAUAGAGGAGGUGGUGGAAGUGGUCCAAGCCCUAUUUCACCAAGACCAACUACCGAACCACAAGACUUCUAUGAGCUCAGAGAUCAAUGUCUUGAGAGCAAACGACUAUUCGAGGAUCCACAAUUCUUGGCCAAUGAUAGUUCGUUAUUCUUCUCGAAACGUCCACCAAAACGUGUAGAAUGGCUUCGUCCUGGAGAAAUCACAAGAGAGCCACAACUGAUUACAGAGGGUCACUCGAGAUUUGAUGUUAUUCAGGGAGAACUCGGAGAUUGUUGGCUCUUGGCUGCUGCAGCCAAUUUAACUCUCAAGGAUGAGCUCUUCUAUCGUGUGGUUCCACCAGAUCAAUCUUUCACUGAAAACUACGCUGGAAUCUUCCAUUUCCAAUUCUGGCAGUACGGAAAAUGGGUGGAUGUUGUUAUUGACGACAGAUUACCAACGAGUAACGGCGAGCUUCUCUAUAUGCAUUCUGCUAGUAAUAAUGAGUUCUGGAGUGCACUUUUAGAGAAGGCAUAUGCAAAAUUGUUCGGAUCAUACGAGGCUCUCAAGGGAGGUACCACAUCUGAAGCACUUGAGGACAUGACUGGAGGACUCACCGAGUUUAUCGACCUCAAAAACCCACCAAGAAACUUGAUGCAAAUGAUGAUGAGAGGAUUCGAGAUGGGAUCCCUAUUCGGUUGCUCCAUCGAAGCCGAUCCAAAUGUUUGGGAAGCAAAAAUGUCGAAUGGUUUAGUGAAAGGACACGCCUAUUCAAUUACCGGAUGCCGAAUUGUUGACGGACCAAAUGGACAAACUUGCAUUCUUCGAAUCCGUAAUCCAUGGGGAAAUGAACAGGAAUGGAAUGGACCAUGGUCAGACAAUUCACGCGAAUGGCGAAGUGUUCCAGAUUCUGUAAAACAAGAUAUGGGACUGAAAUUCGAUCAUGAUGGAGAGUUUUGGAUGUCAUUUGAUGAUUUUAUGAGGAAUUUCGAGAAAAUGGAAAUUUGCAAUCUUGGACCAGAUGUUAUGGAUGAAGUCUAUCAAAUGACUGGUGUCAAGGCCGCUGGAAUGGUUUGGGCUGCAAAUACUCAUGAUGGUGCAUGGGUUAGAAAUCAAACAGCUGGAGGAUGCAGGAAUUACAUCAACACUUUCGCCAACAAUCCACAAUUCCGAGUUCAACUUACCGAUUCGGAUCCUGAUGAUGAUGAUGAACUCUGCACUGUAAUAUUCGCCGUUUUGCAAAAAUACAGACGUAAUCUGAAACAAGAUGGACUUGACAACGUGCCAAUUGGAUUUGCUGUCUAUGACGCCGGAAAUAACCGUGGUCGACUGAGUAAACAGUUCUUCGCUGCCAACAAAUCCGCGAUGAGAUCGGCCGCUUUCAUCAAUUUAAGAGAGAUGACUGGCCGCUUCCGUGUACCCCCGGGCAACUAUGUUGUCGUUCCAUCAACAUUUGAACCAAACGAGGAAGCCGAGUUCAUGCUCCGUGUCUACACGAAUGGAUUUAUCGAGUCGGAGGAACUGUAAGCCAUUCUACUCACAACUACAACAACAAAUAGCAAGAUUGGAUCUUCCUAUACCUAUUGUUUUGAUCCACUUCGUUAUGUAUAAAUCUCUCUGUCACUCGUUCUAUUUUCAUCAUUAACCCCCCUACCCUCUCUCUCUUUCCUCAAUCGUCCCUCUUUUCUCCACUCUUUCUGCCUAAUUUCCCGUCGAUGUUUGCCGGAUCUGCUCUGUAGAAUUGUAAUAUUUUGAUAUGCUUGUUGUUUCACUGUAUUCUUUUUUUUUGCCUUUUCCAGAGUAAA